AUGUCCCUCCCAAGGUAUGACCCGCGUCGCGUGUUCCGCUUCAGCCUCCCUCACAUCGAGAUCGGACCCCGGGCCCGCGAGGUCGGAACGUACACCGCUGGUGCUCUCUUCACCAUUGCGUGGUUCCUCAUGAUCGAUGCUGCGACGAUCAGCAAGCACGCCACCCCUCCCCCCGACUCCCCCUACGACACUGUUCCCGUUCACAUCACCUUUGUGGACUGGAUCCCGGGGCUCUGCUCGACCCGUGAGUUGAGUAAACAGGUGUCGCACCUCCACAGCGUGUUCUCGGGUGACUCGUGGGGAAGCGAUGGUCCGGCGGCGUGGCGUGCGCGUGUCGUGCUCUUCCUCGGCGUUGCCCUCAUGGCCGGAGGUCUCGCCGGAAGCUUGACUGUCCUCAUCCUCAAGUACAUCAUCCCCGACUACGUCGGCUACUUCUACUACGGCGGUGCCAACGUCGGCAUGAACGCUGGAAUCAUGAUUUCUGCCAUGAUCCUCUGGGUCUCGCAGAGCGGCGGCGACGAGUACGAGUACCAGCUCACCGUCUAA